AACGUGCAGCUCGGCAGCUCGCAAGUUGUGCUUUGAGUUUGUUCUUUUGAGUUUUGGUUUUAUUUUUUAUUGUUAGGAUUUUUGAGUUCAUCGAAGAAUGCAUACAUCUUUAUACCUUUUUAUUCUGGAUGUAUCUUGACACUGAGACUUGCAACUGUUAUAUUUGAAUUUUCAAUCAAUUUGCCCCACUCAUCUGGUCUGGAUCGUUGUUAUCCAUGAUGGCCGGGUGGAAUCGACCAACUAGGCGGCGGUCAGGAGAUGGAGGUCGGAUGUCCAACGCUAGCAGCAGCAGCAACUUGGCUGUUACUCCUGAAGUGCCGCGAAAGCCUCAUCCGCCAAAUAAAAAGCAACAUGAAGCGGACUUACAAGACAUCCAGGAUAAAAUUACUGCUAAAGAGCAGGAAAUGGUGGCCAUUAAUCGUCAGUUUGAGACUGACGUAGCCGCUACUGCCGAUCGCCGGGCUGAGAUUUCCGCGAAAAUACAGGCGGCUCAUGACCGUCUCCGUAUUGCCUCCGACAAUCUUCGUCUGCGCCAAGAUGAACUUGCGAAGAAGGAUAUGGAGAUUAAUACCGCACGAGCAAAGCUGACUUACCGUAACGAAGCGGUGAUUGACAGCACCAUCAACAGACUGGAGCAUGAGCGCAGCACAAAACAUUUCAGCUUGCCGGAAGAACAAAAGAUCAUCAACGAAAUCAACAGGUUAAGACGUUCCAAAAACGAGCUCAGAAAAUUCAACGCUUUACGUAAUGAGAAGGAAAUUAUGGAAAACUCAUUAUCCGGACUACGGAAAACUCGAGCGGAUGCGCUCCAGGAGAAGCACAAUGUGCAAGCGGAAGAUCGCAUGUACCGUGAACGAGAGGAGAAACACCAAAUGCAUUUGAACGAGUUGUUUGGUGGGAUGCGGUCUCUGAAUAAGCAGCGCUCACGGUUAGUGAAGGAACACAAUCAGCGCACUGUUGAAUGGGAGGAGCAUUUAACUGCCACCCGGCGCCAGAAACAACAACAUUUCGAGCUGCAGUUACGAAGCCGUCCAGCUGAUCUGCCGUACGAUAGCACCCCCAGGGAUCCUUUGGCUGGUCUAAAACAGAUCGUGAACAAUCUGUUAGCCUACAUACAUACCCUGGCCAAGCAGGAUGAUGCAAAUGGCCCGGCCACCACCACACAGUCACUGGAUAAUCCACCCACUCAGGAUGCACUGGCUGUGCCGGUGAACCGUCCUUCUACGCCGCCUCCAGCCUCAUCGUCGUCGCUGUUCGAAGAGACACCAGGAUAUUUCUUGCCGAAGAAGUAUUCUGACUCAAUGGUGACGCAGAAGAUUGUCGGUCGCGGGAAGAAGGAGAAAAAGAAGCAUAAACCGAUUACUCAUAAUGCGACGGUUGUGGCUCAGUUUAUGAAGUUGGACAUUUCACUGCCGGCUACUUUUGCCGAUCUUCCCGAUACUUUAGAGAAGCUAAAGGCUAAGAAAUUGUUGCUGGAUCAGCAGGCUCAAGUCGGCUCAGAUUCGGCUACUCCAAAAGCAUCUCCAUCAGAAGAAUUCGCUUCACCUAUGCCGGCCAUGGGUACGGAAGAUGAAAUGUCGCCAGCUGAAGAGGCUCGGAUAUUACCUCGGAUGGACCGUCUUCCAUCCAUCACAUUAUCAGGCGAUGGUAACGAAUCAGUGGUGUUGCUGGAUAAUUUUGCUGCAUUGAAAUUAGCGGCAAACCACGAUGAUCCCAUUACUUUGAGCCAUUUAGAGGAAGUUAAUGCUGGAGGUAGUGGGGAUCCCAAUCAAGACAUGCUGCGCUCGGAUGAUACAGCUUCAACUGCAGCAUCCACCAUAUCAAUGGCCGAACCAAUGGAUCAUGUUACCGAUUCCGAGUCGAUCUUGGAUGACGGAGAACAGCGUUCUGAUUCGGGUAUUGGUCGCUACGCCGGUCUGAAUCCGUUCGAUCACCACAGGGGUAGCGACACACCCGACGGAAGUACACUUCGCAGCUAUAUUCGAUCGGAGUCAAUUUCCGAAGAAGAGCCGUCUGAGGAGACGGCUGAGAACAGCGGCGAGGAGACCCAUGAUAAUCCAUCAGUGCUUUCCAACAGUUCAUGUGAUAAGAAAAUUGAGAGUCCGCCCAUCUCACCGGAUACGAUGCGAUUAAAUGUUAACAACAACGGGAAUGGAAGAGUGCCUGCGAUGCUUGUUGGCGGAGGGGAUUGUGAGCGCCCCAAAGAGAGCGCCAUUGAUACGCAGGGAGUGUACCCGGAGACGCCACCCAUCGACGACCUGUUGUCCAAACGUCCCAUCUUCCCGAGUCGAAGCAUUGCGGAAUGAUAUUUGAUGAUGGUGGUAUUUUUGAAGAUUGGCUUUUUAUAUCUCCCGCAUUCGUGACGUUUCCCCAAGGAUUUCCAUUCUGACCAUUUCAUUUCAGCUUUUGUUCGAUGCCGCUUUACUGAAUGAAGGUCCGUUUGGGACCGGUUGUCCAUUUUUUGGGAUUGUAAUUUGGUGGUUGGGCGAAUAUUACAGUAAAUUAAUUAUAUUGUUCAGAUGUUAAGGUCAGAUGACCGUUACGUUGUGGUCAGAUGUUUUUGUUAACUACGAUAAAGUUCCCUUUCACAGAAUGCCUUAUUUAGAUGUUGACCUGGUAAUUGUAACAUCGGCUUGAGUACAACUUUGUACUUGGUUUUAUUUAUUACGUUUGGAUUUUAUAUGUGCGAAUGACCGUGUAUUUGCAACAAAAUUUGCGAUGACGAA